AUGUCUUUAGUCAAUCGAGCGGUGAAGACCCAGCGUGGCCUAGCAUAUGCUUACUACUUUGCGAAGGCGUUGCCCAACAAGCCGACCUUGCUUUUUGCGCAUGGUUUCCCAACUCCAGCAUACGUCUGGCGCCGCCAGAUUACAUUCUUCGAGCAGCAGGGCUUUGGGAUCAUUGCCCCCGACCUUCUGGGAUAUGGUGGCACCGACAAACCUACUGACCCCAAGCUCUACGUCGGCAGCGGGCUCGCGCAGGACAUUGUCGAUAUUUUAGACCAAGAGGGCGUCAGCCAGGUUAUCUCUGUCAGCCACGACUGGGGCUCUCGUGUUGUUUCUCGCAUCGCCAACUACUACCCCGACCGACUCGUCGCUUGCGCUUUCCUCGGCGUUGGUUAUGGCCCACCAGCAUCCAACUAUGCAGACCCUAUCACACAAUCGGCACAGAUCAAGAGUCUCGUGGGAUAUGAUGUGCUAGCUUACAUGCAGUACUUCGUCGAGCCAAACGCCCACGUCUUGAUGGAGAAGAAUUUUGACUCCUUCUUCAGCCUCUUGUUCCCCCUUAAGCGCGCCACCGAAGAGAUCUGGCGGGAGAACAUGUGUGAAGCCGGAAAAGCCAAAGUGUGGAUCGAGUCAAAUCGUACGACAGAACUGCCAGAGUACAUGACCGCCGAGGACAAGGAAUACUACACCCAUGCCCUCGUUGGUGGUGGACUGUCUGCUCCGCUCUGCUGGUACCAAGUCCUAGUGGAGCAAUACAACGCAGAGGACGAUGCGAAAAUACCAGAGGAAGCAUAUGUCCUUCAGAAGCCGGUGCUCUUUGUCGCGUUCAAUAAGGACCCGAUCGGGCUACCGACUCGGAUGUUUGCGAUGGCCACCCACGAGCAAUACGUGAAGCCCGACACAAACCUGACGAACAAGGCAGUUGAGGGCGAUCACUGGGCCUUGUUGUCGCAUGCGGAUGAGGUCAACACCCUGCUUCUUGAGUGGAUCGAGGGCAUAUGA